AUGUCUCAGUAUCAAAACCAAUACGGUACUCAAACACGUAAGACCGAUGAAUAUGGAAACCCAGUGAACCAAGUUGAUCAAUAUGGCAACCCUAUUAGUGGUGGUGGGUUAACCGGUGAAGCCGGUAGACAACAUUUUGGAACUACUGGUGCAACCGGUCAUGGUCAUGGUCAACAACAUCAUGUAGUUGAUCAAACUACAGGGUAUGGGACCCACACAGGUGGUGUGGGUGGUUAUGGAAGCACCAACGUCGGAAGUGGCUAUGGGACAGGAACGGGGUACGGUGGAACAGGAACCACUGAGUAUGUGAGAGAGGAGCAUUAUGUGCAACAUGGAGAUAAGAAAGGGGUUAUGGAUAAGAUUAAGGAGAAGAUACCUGGCACUGAACAAUCAAGAACCAAUAUUGGUGGAACAGGAAUAGGGUAUGGAGCAGGAGCAGGAACAGGAACUGGGUAUGGAACAACUGGAUAUGGAGCUAGUGGUGGUGGCGUGGGAAACACUCGUCAAGAGUAUGUGCGAGAGGAGCAUCAUGUUCAUCAUGGGGAUCAGCAACAUGGUGCUAGUGGUGGUGGCAUUGGAAGUCAAGAAUAUGUGAGAGAGGAGCGUCGUGUUAAUAGUGGAGAUAAGCUACAUGGUGCUAGUGGUGGUGGCAUUGGAGGCACUGGUCAAGAAUAUGUGAGAGAGGGGCAUCAAGUUCAUCAUGGAGAUCAGAAACAUGGAGCUAGUGGAGGUGGCAUUGGAAAUACUGGUCAAGAGUAUGUGAGAGAGGAGCAUCAUGUUCAUCCUGGAGAUAAGCUACAUGGUGCUAGUGGGGGUGGCAUUGGAAACACUCGUCAAGAGUAUGUGAGAGAGGAGCGUCGUGGCAUUGGAAGCACUGGUGAAGAAGAGUAUGUCAGAGAAGAGCAUCGUGUUAAACAUGGAGAGAAGAAAGGGAUUAUGGAAAAGAUUAAGGAGAAGCUUCCUGGCAGUGGACACUAG